AUGCAGCCAGAGUUCAAUUCCCCUUCCGAAACAUGCGGACCUGCUUUUCCAAAAUUCCCACUACCCGCAUAUACACCCACUUACAUGUCUUCAACAAAUCCCUCGAAUGCUUCCUCCAUCGGCAACCAUCUUACGGAAUACCCCUCUCAAUAUGUACCCCUCACCGGUCAUUUUCUCGAUAAGACUCAAGUUGCAUCAUGUCAUGCAGCUAGUGCGGGAGCGCAACUCGGCAUACGAAUACGAGUCUCAGUCCUAGUGGAAGUGGUGGCUAUUAUUUUGUGGCAGAACACUGCGCGAAGAGAUGGUAUGGCGAAGGGUGGGUUGAUACAAGCUGUUGGUGAGGUAAAGGUUUCGAGGGUUGAUUUCGUGCAUUUGGAGAGGGGAAAAAGGGCUACUGGUGUUUCGGAGCGACUGGAGGUGUUAUUGAAGCUCCACAUCAAUACAACACUCUUCCACUGCAUCGCUACAAAGCUUGCAGAACUGUAUUCCACGAAGUCGAACCAAGAGGUUAAUUUCUCAGCGAACAAUAGGAAAUGGCCAGCCCUCUCGCCGGCUCACCAGGAGCCUGUCAAGGUGCUUCACCAAAAACUGAAGUCAAACACAUCCCUCAUUCCCCAUCCCUCUCCCUUCAUCUCAACUCCAACCCGUAUUCUACCCCCAAUCCCAGAUAUCAACACCCCUUCUUCCCCACCCUAG